AUGGUGGAAUCGCAAACCCCAGUUGCGGAAACCCUACUUGCGGAAACUCAAGUUGCGAAAACCCUAGUUGCGGAAGCUCAAGCUGCGGAAACCCCAACUGUGGAAGUUGUGCGCUCUGAGGGAUCUUCUUCUGGGUUGACUGAUAAGGAGAAGAGUGUUGUCAUUGUGGAUGUUCCAUCGGAGAUAGUCCUAGUCACAACGGUCUUCAAUAGCUUUGCAGCUUUGGCGACAAUCGAAGAGGCUGCGACUGAAGUAGUUGAUGGCGAUGGUGAGGAGCUUGUUGAAAAUGUGUAUAUUGAGGAUCCUCCACCUAGAAACCAAAUCUAG